GUUGAAGAGCCCGUAUGCAGACAACAUGGCGAUAGACUGCCAAUGCUCACAAAGUAGAAAGUAGCUCAAACGUAUUAGCUUAAUGUUUAGAGUUAUGACCUGUAUCAUCUUGUCGAACACAUUUAACGAAUGGAAUUAUGACUACUAAAGAUUAUAGCGGGAGGCUCGAGCCCCAUGCAGCUGCGCGUAAGCAACCGAGACGGGAGGGCGACGACAGGGAGGAACUGCAUGACAACGGGAAUGAUAGUGAAUCAACAUCAUCAAGUUACUGUCAGUCCGACUACUCGGACGACCUAGAGCCAGAAUGGCUGGACGAUGUCCAGAAGAACGGCGAGCUCUUCUACCUGGAGCUGAGCGAGGGCGAGGAGGAGGCGGCAUUAGCUCAGGCUGCCGCCAAUAACGGCCUCUCCACCAAUCACGUGCACUUCAGCGAGAAGGAGGUGGAGAUCAUCAGUGAGGAGUGCAGGAAGUGUCCUGAUGGCACUCCAACCAAAGGAGAGCCCAAGCUGAAAAGACUGGCCAGGAUACUACGGAGGAAGAGGCGGCCAUCCCAGCGGAGUGGGCCCGACGGAGGAGCCAAAGACUCGUCAUCGCUUCCGACGUCCAUCUUGAAAAACCAGGCGGGGCAGAGGGCGGGGCUGGUGGUCCAGCAGCAGCAGCUGAAGGAGGUGUGUGUCUACCUGAACCCCAAACGGCUGGGCAGCUGCUCCCCUCCUCCCCCGGAGAGAGGGGGUCUACUGGAGGCUCUGCUGGGGGUGGUGCAUCGCCCGUCCUGGGGCCAAGGAGACCCUGCAGGGGGGAGGGGGGAGAGGAUCACUGUCCACGGCCUGGUGCCCAACAGCCCCGCCAUCAAGUGUGCACAGAUACUGAUCGGUGAUGACCUAGUAGCAGUGGACGAUGUGGAUGUUACCACAGAGAACAUUGAGAGGGUUCUCUCCUGCAUUCCUGGGCCUACACAGGUGAAACUGACUCUGGUGACAGCCAGUCCAGGAGGACCAGGGGAGGGGGGUGUGGACGUGUCCUCUGCCCCCAGGCUCAGGCCCUCUCCCCCGGUCAGCCAGCUGGUGCGUCUGCUGUGGGGCGAGGACACGGUGGAGCUCCAGAUGUCUAUAGGACACAUCCCUCACAUCGUCAUGUACCUGUCACUCAAACUGGACUCAGACUCCCCCCUGGAAGAGCAAGAGAUCCUGUACCAGUACCCUGUUUCUGAGGCAUCCAGCCAGCUGAAGGGAGUCAGAGGGAUCUUCCUCACGCUGUGUGACAUGCUGGAGAAUGUCACCGGGGGACAGAUAGUCAGCUCGUCUCUCCUGCUCGGUAAACAGCUGGUCCAUGUGGGCUACUGGAAGGAGAGCAACAACCUGCUGGUGAUCGGCCUGCCUGCUGAGAGGGUUCCUCUGCUCUCUCUGCAGACGGUAGUGGGAGGUGUGGUCAGGACUCUCAACGUGAUGUAUGGCUCUCUGGGCAGUGCGUUCUGCCAGGUGGACCACGCCCCCAGACUGGACCAUUUCUUCUGCCUGUUCUUCCAGCAGCUGAUCCACCCCUCCAGGUUGAGUGACAGCUCUGUGGCCACGCCCCCUGACAUCUCGGAGACUCUCUUCCUGGACGGACUGCCGGCGGUCCGGUGGCUCACCCUGCCUCCUGAGAUAAAGAUGGAGGUUGACACUGUUCUCUCAGACUUUGAAUCAUCAGAUUUUGGAGAAAUGUCAGAGGACUUCUAUGGCAUGAGGCGUCUCUACGUGACGCUGGGCUCCUGUCUGUUCUACAAGGGCUACCUGAUAGCCAACCACCUCCCCAAGGAGGACCUGCUGGAUGUUUGUCUGUACUGCCAGCACUACUGUCUCCUCCCCCUGGCAGCAGAGCAGCGCGUGGGCCAGCUGGUCAUCUGGAGAGAGGUGUUCCCACGACAUCGCACCCAGAACCCACAGACACAGACCAAUAACAACCACUGUACCAGGCCAGGCUACUGCCAGCCACAGGGACGCUACUUCCUGCUCAUAGUGGGACUGAGGCACUUCAUGCAGUGCGUCCUCCUGGAGGCGGGGGGCUGUGCGUCCCCUGCCCUGGGGGCCCCGGGACCAGACUGUGUGUACGUGGACCAGGUCAAGGCCACCCUCCUGCAGCUGGAGGGGCUGGAAGUAGGGAUGGAGGAGCGCCUGGCCGCCCCGCCCACACCCUGCCUGUCUUGUGCUGACUGGUUCCUCCCCUCCUCUGCCCGUGACAGGUUGGACACCAUGGCUGCAUCGUCCCCUGUCCUCAGUAAGCUGGCUGGGGCUGUGAAGCCACCGUCCUCCACCCAAGGAGGGGGGAAGGGAGUGGGCAGGAGCCUCUUCGGAGGGGGUGCCCGGAGACCUAGCCCCCAGAGGAGUCAGUCGGACAGUGGGAGCGAGGGACAGACGGAGGGGGGUGUAGGAGGGCAGACAGGGCUCAGUCCACACUCCACCCCGGACUCAGCCCGGAAGCUGGACGGGCGGAGAGACUCGCUGGGUUCUGGUGGAUCUGAUGGGAGUGGAGCCAGUGGAGGUAUAUUCAAGAUUCCCAAGAUGAAGCACCCUAACCCAUUCUACCUGGGCACCCUGAAGAAGAGUCUGACAGAGAGAGAGACAGAGGAGAUGUACCACACCAUUAAGUUGACAUCUGGGGCAGAGAACACUCUGUUCCACUAUGUGCUGAUGGAGACAGUACAGGGUAUCUUCAUAGCUCCGACACACAGGGAGCUGGCCAAGCUCAGCGGCUCCAUCCACCCUCAGCUCAUACGUAACUUCCACCACUGCUGCCUCUCCAUACGGGCCACCUUCCAGCAGAGUCUACCGUCCAGGCAGGGUAGGCGGGGUAAUGACAGACCCCAGAGGACCCAUGGGCUGGGCCCAGUGAAGGAACACGGGGUUCUGUUCCAGUGUAAACCUGAGAACUGGACCGACCAGAGGAAGCCUGCUCCCACCAUGACCUACUGGGUGAUAGGCCGGAUGCUUCUAGAACCCGUCCCUCAGGAAUUCUAUGUGUGUUUUCAUGACUCCGUGGCAGAGGUUCCCGUUGAGAUGGCCUUCCGCCUAUCUUUCGGCCUGGCCUUGUGACGAGCCGUCUGCCAACAGUCUCUUAAUGAACUCUGAUAACACUACUACCUACAGACAGCGGUGCACAACCCUGGGUUCUUUUCAUUAGGCAUCAAAUGGGAGAAAACUGAUAGAAACAGGGAGGGGCUACCUGAACUCCAAUAAGAACCGCUUGUUUGUUUCCCGUCACAAAAUAUUUUACAACAGUACACCCUAAUGAACACGACCCUGGUAUUCAACAUUUCAUAGUCGACCUCAACGCCUGCUUACUGUCUGUCUGAGAUAUUGCGGGAACUAAGACUUGUCUUGUUCCAAACAGACAUUGAUCACCUGACAGCAGAUAAAAGGAAAGACCAAGGUUGUUCUCUGUUAGACUUGGACCAGCUCCAGUGGAACAGCAGGGCUGCAUUCAGCAGGGCACAACGCUGUGGAACAUUCAGAUAGAAAUAUAUUAAAUAGAAAAAACACACCUCUGAUAUGUAGAAUAUAAUUGUAAGGAAUCACGUCAGCUCUAUUCAUGGCAUUUCUAUCUGUAACGUCCCACUACACUUGCCUACUGAACGAAGCCCUGGGUUUACUGGAUGCAACAAUUUUCUGUCCGAAAUGGCACCCUACUCCGUAUUGAGUGCACAGCUUUUGAAUCUGGUCAAAAGUAGUGCACUUUGUAGGGAAUAGUGUGCCAUGAGAGUGUGGAAGGUAGGACAAGCCACUAAACUCAAUAAUACCUCAGAAAACAGGCUGAUGUGACUGCAGCGAAAGCAUUUUGCUUCUGCUCUGACCGUAGAAAUAGAAUCUCAUUCUAGUUUAGUGAUUCUGACAUUGCUGUUCACUUAAAGUAUGCCUGACCAAAUAAUGUGACUGUUCUUGCCUGCUAGCCUCUCCACGUUGGCAUGGCAACAGCCUUAAGUGGAGUUAAAUUCCUAUAUGUUGUUGAUUGUGGGGAGGGUAUUGUAUUUAAGAUGUACAGUAUUUUGUAUAGAAGUCAAAUCAUUUGUGAUACAAAUGCACCUUUGAGUCUGUUAAUUAAAAUAAAAACCUGUUUUGGUU